GACCAACCUUCUUCCUCAGCUCGCUGCUCUUUGCUGCCAGCUCUCUCCCAGCACUAUGGCUUUCAGCGGCAAAUUCGAAUUUGAGAGUGAGAAGAAUUAUGACGAGUUCAUGAAACGCCUGGGUCUUCCAGGAGACGUGAUUGAAAAGGGACGUAACUUCAAGAUUAUCACAGAGGUCCAGCAGGAUGGACAGGACUUCACCUGGAGCCAGUCUUACGCUGGGGGCAACAUUAUGACCAACAAGUUCACCAUUGGCAAAGAAUGUGAAAUGCAGACCAUGGGGGGCAAGAAGUUCAAGGCCACUGUGAAGAUGGAGAACGGGAAGGUGGUGGCAGAUUUCCCUAACUAUCACCAGACCUCGGAGAUCGUGGGUGACAAGUUGGUGGAGAUCUCCACCAUUGGGGGUGUGACCUAUGAGCGCGUAAGCAAGAGGCUGGCUUGAGCCACAAGCUCUGGGCUCUGAGGGGCUGCAACCCACCAAUAAAAAUGCACCAUGAACUGCCAAUGCU